GUGAGGCGGCCGGCGGGGGGCGGGGAGCGGCCGCGGCCAGAUCCAGCGGCAGCCGGCCGGGCGGGUGGACGCUUCCUGAGCAGCGGCGGCGGUCGCAGCCGGGACGCGAGCGGGCUCCCUCUGAAGAGAGGAGAAUGGCGUUCAGCAAAGGAUUUCGAAUCUACCACAAAUUGGAUCCCCCACCGUUCAGCCUCAUAGUGGAAACUCGGCAUAAGGAAGAAUGUCUCAUGUUCGAGUCUGGGGCUGUGGCUGUGCUCUCAUCUGCAGAAAAGGAGGCAAUUAAAAGUACAUAUACCAAAGUACUGGAUGCAUAUGGACUUUUGGGAGUUUUACGAUUAAACCUUGGUGAUACCAUGUUACAUUAUCUGGUCCUAGUCACUGGAUGCAUGUCUGUUGGGAAAAUCCAAGAAUCUGAAGUUUUUCGAGUAACUUCCACUGAGUUUAUAUCACUUCGAGUUGAUGCUUCAGAUGAGGAUCGCAUUUCAGAAGUCCGAAAAGUUUUGAACUCAGGAAACUUUUAUUUUGCGUGGUCUGCAUCUGGAGUCAGCCUAGAUCUGAGUCUGAAUGCACAUCGCAGCAUGCAGGAGCACACGACCGACAAUAGGUUUUUCUGGAAUCAGUCUUUGCAUUUGCAUCUCAAGCACUAUGGUGUGAAUUGUGAUGACUGGUUAUUGCGCCUCAUGUGUGGAGGGGUAGAAAUCAGAACAAUUUAUGCUGCCCACAAACAAGCAAAGGCUUGCCUCAUUUCAAGGCUAAGCUGUGAACGAGCUGGGACAAGGUUUAAUGUCCGGGGAACGAAUGAUGAUGGUCACGUUGCCAAUUUUGUAGAAACAGAGCAGGUUAUAUACCUAGACGACUGCGUUUCUUCCUUCAUACAAAUCCGAGGAUCUGUUCCAUUGUUUUGGGAACAACCAGGGUUGCAAGUGGGAUCCCAUCGUGUCCGAAUGUCGAGGGGAUUUGAAGCCAAUGCACCUGCUUUUGACAGGCAUUUUCGAACACUUAAGGAUUUGUAUGGUAAACAAAUAGUAGUAAAUUUGCUUGGAUCCAAGGAAGGUGAACAUAUGCUCAGUAAGGCUUUCCAGAGCCAUCUGAAAGCUUCUGAGCAUGCUUCUGACAUCCACAUGGUGUCUUUUGACUACCAUCAGAUGGUUAAAGGAGGAAAGGCAGAGAAACUGCACAGUGUUUUCAAACCUCAAGUCCAGAAGUUUCUAGAUUAUGGAUUUUUUUAUUUCGAUGGCAGUGAAGUUCAAAGGUGCCAGAGUGGUACAGUUCGAACAAACUGCUUGGAUUGUCUUGAUAGAACAAACAGUGUGCAGGCAUUUCUUGGCUUAGAGAUGCUAACUAAACAGCUGGAUGCUCUGGGCUUGGCUGAAAAGCCUCAGCUGGUCACUCGCUUCCAAGAGGUUUUCCGGUCCAUGUGGUCUGUGAAUGGUGAUUCCAUCAGUAAGAUCUAUGCAGGCACCGGAGCCCUUGAAGGGAAGGCCAAGGCUGGAAAGUUAAAAGAUGGUGCGCGCUCUGUCACCAGAACCAUUCAGAAUAACUUCUUCGACAGCUCCAAGCAAGAAGCUAUUGAUGUCUUGCUGCUCGGAAAUACUCUGAACAGUGACUUAGCUGACAAAGCCCGAGCCCUCCUAACCACUGGAAGUUUGCGUGCAUCUUCUAAAGUCUUAAAGAACAUGUGUGAGAACUUCUACAAAUACUCAAAACCCAAGAAGAUUCGAGUGUGUGUUGGAACCUGGAACGUGAAUGGUGGGAAGCAGUUCCGCAGCAUAGCAUUUAAGAACCAGACGCUCACGGACUGGCUUCUUGAUGCUCCCAAGUUAGCUGGCAUCCAGGAGUUUCAAGAUAAAAGAAGUAAACCAACUGAUAUAUUUGCAAUUGGCUUUGAAGAAAUGGUUGAGUUGAAUGCUGGGAACAUUGUGAAUGCAAGCACAACAAACCAGAAGCUGUGGGCAGUGGAGCUGCAGAAGACCAUCUCCAGAGACAACAAGUACGUCCUGCUGGCUUCGGAGCAGCUGGUGGGUGUCUGCCUGUUUGUUUUUAUCAGACCACAGCAUGCUCCUUUUAUCAGGGACGUUGCGGUGGAUACAGUGAAGACGGGAAUGGGAGGCGCAACUGGAAAUAAGGGAGCAGUUGCGAUCCGCAUGCUCUUUCACACCACCAGCCUGUGCUUCGUCUGCAGCCACUUUGCUGCAGGGCAGUCUCAAGUCAAAGAGAGAAAUGAAGAUUUUGUAGAAAUAGCACGGAAAUUGAGUUUUCCCAUGGGAAGGAUGCUAUUUUCCCAUGACUAUGUAUUUUGGUGUGGUGAUUUCAACUAUCGAAUUGAUCUUCCUAAUGAAGAAGUUAAAGAGCUCAUAAGACAGCAAAAUUGGGAUUCUCUUAUAGCUGGGGAUCAACUCAUCAAUCAGAAAAAUGCGGGGCAGAUUUUCAGAGGAUUUUUAGAGGGAAAGGUGACAUUUGCUCCAACCUAUAAAUAUGACUUGUUUUCUGAAGACUAUGACACCAGUGAGAAGUGCCGCACGCCUGCGUGGACAGACCGAGUCCUCUGGAGGAGGAGAAAGUGGCCUUUUGACAGAUCAGCUGAAGACUUGGAUCUCCUGAAUGCCAGUUUCCAAGAUGAAAGCAAAAUCCUUUACACGUGGACCCCUGGCACUUUGCUGCACUACGGGAGAGCGGAGCUGAAGACUUCUGACCAUAGGCCUGUCGUCGCCCUGAUUGAUAUAGAUAUAUUUGAAGUUGAAGCUGAAGAGAGACAAAAAAUUUAUAAAGAAGUCAUUGCUGUCCAGGGGCCACCAGAUGGCACAGUGCUGGUCUCGAUCAAAAGUUCUGCACAAGAAAACACUUUUUUUGAUGAUGCUUUGAUUGAUGAGCUUCUGCAGCAGUUUGCACAUUUUGGUGAAGUCAUACUCAUUAGAUUCGUAGAAGAUAAAAUGUGGGUAACAUUUUUGGAGGGAAGCUCUGCCUUGAAUGUUCUGAGCCUGAAUGGUAAAGAGUUAUUAAAUCGGACUAUAACAAUUACCUUAAAAAGUCCAGACUGGAUCAAGAAUUUGGAAGAAGAGAUGAGUUUGGAGAAAAUCAGUGUCACAUUGCCCUCAUCAACGAGCUCCACCCUGCUCGGUGAGGACGCAGAGCUCACAGCCGAUUUCGACAUGGAAGGUGAUGUCGAUGACUACAGUGCUGAAGUAGAGGAGCUUCUCCCUCAGCAUCUACAGCCGUCCUCAAGUUCUGGCCUUGGCACUUCUCCAAGCUCUUCACCCCGGACCAGUCCCUGCCAGUCACCUACAAUGCCAGAGUACUCCGCACUGUCUCUUCCCGCCAGACCCAGCCGAGCACCCUCAAGAACUUCAGGGCCUCUGAGUUCCCAGAGUUCUCCAGUUGACACUCAGCCAGCAGCCCAGAAAGAUUCUUCCCAGACCUUAGAGCCCAAGAGGCCACCCCCUCCCCGCCCAGUUGCUCCUCCAGCACGCCCUGCCCCACCACAGAGACCACCUCCACCUUCAGGACGUAAUCAGCCUUCACCUCAAGCAGGACUUGCAGGCCCAGGACCUGCUGGAUAUGCUGCAGCCAGACCGGCAAUUCCAGCACGUGCUGGAGUGAUCAGCGCCCCUCAGAGCCAGGCACGAGCAUCUGCCGGAAGGCUGACUCCUGAAAGCCAGAGCAAGCCCCCAGAGACGUCGAAAGGUCCAGCUGUCCUUCCAGAACCACUGAAGCCUCAGGCUGCUUUUCCUCCGCAGCCUUCUCUGCCCCCACCUGCUCAAAAGUUGCAGGAGCCUCUUGUCCCCGUGGCAGCACCUAUGCCUCCCUCUGGCCCCCAACCAAAUUUGGAAACCCCACCACAGCCCCCACCUCGGAGCAGAUCAUCUCAUAGCUUGCCUGCAGACUCCUCACCACAGCUGCAAGUAAAAACAAAUGGAGUUUCUGGUGUCAAACAAGAGCCAGCGUUGAAGAGUGACCCAUUUGAAGCUCUCUCACUUAGUCUGCUUGCUGUAUCAAAGGCUCAGCUGUCUGCUCAGAUGUCACCUGUUCUAACCCCAGACCCAAAGAUGUUGAUUCAGUUGCCUUCUGCAUCGCAAAGUAGUGUUAACUCUUUGAGUUCUGUGAGUUGCAUGCCAGCCAUGCCCCCAGUUCCAGCUCGGAGUAAGUCACAGGGAAAUAUGGGAACCUCAGCAAAUCCGUUUUCCAGCCUGCCCAGCAGGAAUCCUUUUACAGACAGGACUGCUGCCCCUGGAAACCCAUUUCGAGCUCAGUCACAAGAGUCAACUUCUUGGCUGUUCAAAGAAGAGCCUGUUCCUAGCAGUCCUUUCCCUCCUCUCUUGCCUCUCACUCAUGACAUGAGCAAGCCAUCCAGUUCAUUUGAUGGUUUUGAGGACAACUUUGAUCUGCAGAGCCAGUCUACAGUAAAAACAAGCAACCCCAAAGGAUGGGUAACCUUUGAGGAAGACGACGACUUUCCCACAGCGGGAACGUCCAAGUCAGUUUGUCCAGCUGCAUCUGAUGACUGGAGUAAAGGUGCAGGUGUUGCUUUCUGUGUGCUGCCAGCCAGAAGGCCACCACCUCCUCCUGCCCCUCUGCUCCCACCCAGCACGAGCUUGCCUGCAGGACCUUGCACAACGCUAGCAUCUAAGGCCUCUCCCACACUGGACUUCACAGAAAGAUAGUUAUAUGAUGGGAAGGGAGUUCCUGCUGGUUUGCUCUGGCUAUUUGUUUCUGUUUUGUCGGGCUAGACUCGGGAGAACGGGGCAUUAGUUAUUCAUUAUGUGCAAUAAGUAAUCGUUAAGCGCACUGAUAUCUAUAUAAAGACCACCAGAGCAUGUGGUCAACGCUGGAGUUUAUGUAUAUUGGAAAUAACCAAGACAUCCUCUUACUAACUGGAGUUCUGGUCUUUCUCUUUAGAUGAAUAAGGAAGAGCAGGAACCAUUUUAAGAAGUGCUCAAAACUACUUUAAAAACUAGUCCUUACUCAGAAAUUCACAUAAACACCACACAAAGCCAACACAGCUGUAGCUGACACUCUGCCAGCCUACUGCUGUUUGACAAUUGGUACUCACAGAUAUCUACCAAAGAGCUUCCAGAGUUACAGUUAAACCGUUCUGAGGGCAUUGCUUUAGCAAGAGGUCUAUAUGCAUGUGUUUAUAUAGACACAGACAUACAUAUUUAUAAAACUUAAGUCUUGAGAUACAAUUCAGAUAAUUUUACCCAGCAGUUCUGACAAUGUCCUUUUUUCGGGAUCUCAUCAUUAAGAAGAUGGCUACCGCCCAGGUGUGCUUUAGAUGCUUUCGCUAGUUUUAAAGCCCAGAGUAGGAUGACUGCUUUACAGAACUGCCAUCUCCUACUGCACACCAGCCCUACAAACUCACCCUCAUUACCUCCCUCCCCGUACCUCUAGUAUGCCUUUCUCUGGGGUUACAGUUGGCAGUCCAGGCCUUGUGGUCAGUCACGUGACAGACACUCAGACCGGCAGGGACAGAAUAGCAGAGCUAGCAUGCUCUCUUCUGUGCGACCCUGUCCCUCUCCACCCCUGUUCACCGCUUUGCUCUGAGUGCUCUGAACUGGGAACAUAUCCCAGGCGUGUGCCCUCCUGUGUGAGGCCGUAACCCAUCUGUGAUGCUGCUUUAAGGUUUUAGAGGCUAUACCUCAAAUUUGCUGUGGAUUCUGUCUCCUGCACUGCCAGUAUGCGACCCAUCUUGCUCUUAUUAAUUUUGUGAAGAAGUACAUGGAAUUUUUACAAAAAAAUAAAACAGUGUAUUUUGAUAUCAUUAAGUAAGCCAGUUAGGAAAACUCCCUAAGGUGUUGUUUGGUUGGUUGUCAGUUGAAGUUAAAAUUAUCCUUACACAUUAAGACUUUAAUGUUCUUUUUAUAUAAAAAUUACAUAUAUACACCUAAGUUCCAGUGUCCACAUGAACCUUUAAAGAUGUGUAUUGUGAAACUAGAAACAUGUAUAGCUGCCGCCACAUCCUUGUAAAAGCACAGCAGACUGUGUUGCACUUGUAAUGUAGAGCCAUCUGUUAGGACAGACACUUUGCAAAUGCUCAGUGUUAUCAAAAACUGUAUCUAUAGUGUCCUCGGCUACAGCCAGAAGGGGCUGGAGCAAUAACUCCGUGAGGUUUCCAUUGUGCUUGUGGGUUCUAAUCAUUUCAACAGUAGUAGCUCUUAAACUGCAGUAUUACGAUAGCAGUGUGCUUCAAAAUGUGAAUUAGCUUGUUCCAUCUGUGUGACUAGUGUGUAUGGUAUCCGCUCCCCAUUAGCAAGCUAACCCAUCGUUAGGAAGCUGACGCAGUGCGACUGCAGCCCUAAGCAGUGUGCCUCGGGGUAAACCACUGUCAAGUCUGUAGAGCAGCCGCUCAGCCUUGUCUGGCCUGGCACACUGCGGAAACGCACAAAGGAAGUGAAAGUUUGCUACAAAAACUAGAUAUUGUGUAUGAAUAUUUACCAGCUCUGGUUAAAGCAGAGCAGAAAAUAGACACUAAGAAUCUCUGUGAAUGUCUGUUCUCUAUAGUAGACUGAUGUUUAUAUGUAUGUAAGAGUUUUAUUGCUUAUGUGGCAUACAAUAUUUAUAACUAUACUUUAUAGAAGUACAGUAUUAAAGUCCGUGGUAUACAUUCUGUACAUAUCCUGUGAAAUGUGCUGUCAUAUGAAAUAAAUAUGUCUUUACCGCUA